GUAUUUAAAGAGCCCCUGGGAGUCUCCGGCCCAGGCCUGUGUGUGCGGGACCGGCAGCGCCGCCUUCUCUCUCUGCUCCAGCCCGGGCCCCAUCCCCAGGGGGAAGCAUGCAGCCGUGAGCCCCAGCCGCCAGCAUACCGAUUUGGCGCCAAGAUGACGGAGUACAAACUUGUGGUGGUCGGAGCGGGAGGCGUAGGGAAGAGCGCCCUCACCAUUCAGCUCAUCCAGAACCAUUUUGUGGAUGAAUAUGAUCCCACCAUAGAGGACUCGUACAGGAAGCAAGUGGUGAUCGAUGGGGAGACCUGCCUGUUGGACAUACUGGACACCGCGGGGCAGGAGGAGUACAGCGCAAUGAGGGACCAGUACAUGAGGACCGGGGAGGGGUUUCUCUGCGUGUUUGCCAUUAACAACACCAAAUCCUUCGAGGAUAUUCACCAUUAUAGGGAGCAGAUAAAGCGAGUGAAGGAUUCGGAGGACGUGCCGAUGGUUCUGGUGGGCAACAAGUGCGACCUGCCCUCCCGGACGGUGGACACCAAACAGGCGCAGGAUUUAGCCCGGAGUUACGGGAUUCCCUUCAUCGAGACGUCGGCCAAAACCAGACAGAGAGUGGAGGAUGCUUUUUAUACAUUGGUGAGAGAAAUCCGGCAGUACAGAUUGAAAAAGAUGAGCAAAGAAGAAAAGACCCCCGGAUGUGUGAAAGUUAAAAAAUGCCGAGUGAUGGGCGUGGACGACGCUUUCUACACGUUAGUGCGAGAGAUCCGGAAGCACAAAGAGAAGAUGAGCAAAGACGGCAAAAAGAAGAAGAAAUCGAAAACAAAGUGUAUAAUUUUGUGAAUAAUGGCCCCGCCCCCUGCGCUGAGUUUCAGGCAUGCAACCGCCGCCCCUUUGUACAUUACACUAAAUUAUUCGCAUUUGUCGACCGAUCUUUUUCGCUUUUUGUUGGUCAGUGCCGCUUGUGUGAUCCGCUCUGGCGCCAAAUCUGGUUCCGCGCAUGGAAAAAAACGCGUUUUGCCGUAUGUUUGAGCUUUUUUUUAUCACUUCCAAAGCUGAUUGGUCGCUUUGGAUUUGCCACCGGCUGAUCCCCCAGUGGCGUAUAGAUGCAAUACACUAGUCGGCGACCAGCCGGCCAAUCGGGUAUCUUGGCACAAUGUAGGCCGCCGCCCCCUGGACGCGCUUCCAGAGGUUUACAAAUGCGCAUAUUGUCUGUAGCACAUACCCCCCCCCCCAAAAGUGAAAACUGUACCCAAAAUGUGACGGAAUGGUGCUAUGAGAAGUGACAACGCUUGCUCUUUUUAUAUAUUUGUAUAUAACCCCCCCCCCUUUAA